GGUUCAUCCGCCAUUUAAGAGACAGUCACUCAAAAAUACCUGUACAAAGUCGCACUGAAAUUCCUCCACACGGACCAAUCGUUGCUCCUUUCAUUUACCAAAGGCAGGGUUACGUAUAUGAAUGACAGGGGAGUUGAUGUUGUCAUUUCAUUGUUGAUCCUUCUGAGCGAACAGAACUGGCAAGCGCCACUCGGAGAAGUUGGAAGCCCAGCACGGUCAAGACACGUGUCCGACACGAUCUGUUCUGUGAAAUAGCCAAGGGAAAGUCCAGGAAAAUGAGUCCGGGAAAAGUGUCAUCCACCACAUCCCCGAAUCGUAAAAGUUUAAAGCCUGUCAUGGAAAGGAAGAGACGAGCCAGGAUAAACGCUAGUUUGGCGGAACUGAAGUCCUUGCUCAUCGAAGUCAUCAAGGCUGAGGGAACAAGGCAGAAUAAACUAGAGAAAGCCGAUAUUCUUGAAAUGACGGUCCGCCAUUUGAAAACAGUGCACAAAAACAAAACUACUGACGGAAAGAGAGUGUCUAGAAUAAACAAGUAUCAACUUGGAUUUAGCGAAUGUGCUAGCAAGGUCAGUCAGUAUCUGGAGAAUACCGACGGCGUCGAGACUGACUUCCGGUCCCGUCUGCUGAAUCAUCUUACCACUGUCACCAUGUCCUCAGAUCAAGAUUCCGAAAAUUCCGAUUCCCAAAUCCCGUUAAUGCCCAAUCAACAAAUGCAUGACCGGAUACACCGGGCUUGUCCAAAUCAAAACCUCACUGCAAACGUUGAUAGCACUAACUCUGUGAUGACAACGAAUCAAUCAGUUGAAACCCAAAACGAGACAAACCAAAGAGUGAAUGGUAAAACUUGUGACGCAACUGAAUGGUCGUCAGUUCAGAAUCAGAACAACAUGGCGAGUAACUUGGUGUACAACACACAGUCUGCCAAUGUUAGUGCUGCUUCUGGACAAGUUGCAUACCUCGUUCCUGCUUCCGGCGUUUUACAGUACAACAACGCCUCCGUCCCAUGCUCUAACGUUUUCAUCCGCCUUGUCCAGCCCAUCAAUAUCAAUACUUCCUCUGCUCCAUGCCUUUCUCCUUUUGUUGUUACUACCAGUUCCUCGAGCCCAGCGCAUGUGAAUCAACCGACCAUUGCGAACUUGCAACCCGAGCAAAAGUUGACUUUUCAGCCGCAGACUGUUCCUCGAAUCAAUGACAGAGUUGCCUUCGAGAGUACAGAUUCAGUACAACGUUUGAAUAAUUUGACGAGCCAUCUGGGCGAAAACAAAACGUCAUUUUCCUUGUCUUCCACCCAAUUCGGCCAAAAUGACUCUGACAUUACUAAAGAAAUAACCAACAGAGAAUCAAAAGGAACUGAUAUGUGGAGGCCAUGGUGAAAAAAGAACACAUAUUUAUAAAUAAAUCUUUUUGUAUAUUGA